AUGACUAAGAAACUAAGUAUUUCAUAUACACAACAACAAAAUAUCAAACCACUAUUACACCAACAACAGCAACACCAGCCCGCCGCCAACGACGACAAAACAUUAAACUCAAAAUGGAAAAAUCAUUAUGCAGCCACUCAACCACAGAUCAUGGCAGUGACCACAGAACAUCAACAUCAACGUCAGUUAGCCCAACCCGAUCUAGACGAAGAAAACUAUGCAGCCUACACAGAUGACAAUGAAUUAAACUUAAAUCGGGGAUUUAAAGCUCAUUAUGAUUAUGCUACUGCUAGACAGCAGAGUAAAUCAAAUUCUCAUACUAAUAAUUAUAAUGUUAAUAAUAAUUUAAAUUUAAAAUUAAAUAAUAAUGAUGAAAGUGAGGAGGAGGAGGAGCAGGAAGUGGAUGAUGAUAUUGAAGAGGAUGAUGAUGAUCACAAACAUAAAUUGGAUCAUGUAAAUACAGAAAAAUGUGCCAAAAAUUGUAAACAAAACCAAAAAAUGUCCCAAGAUUUAAAACUAACCACAGAAACUAAUAAUAAAAAAUACCAGAAAAACAACAAAAAUAAUCAUAAAAAUAAACACAACAACAACUACUAUACACCUAUGUCUUCUGCUUCUUUAACUUACCAUGAUGCUAAUGAGGAGGAACUUAAUGAGGCUCUAAAAGAUGUUACCGAUGAUGAUGAUAAUGAUGAGGAGGAGGAGGAUGAGUCUACCACUAAAACAAUUUCAACUUCUUCUUCUUCUACUACUUCAACUUCUUCAUUUCUGCCCGUUACAGUUACAAAUUCUAAACUGAAAAAUACUCAUAGUUUACAAUCCCAAAUGCCUUUAAAGAGUGAACGUAACGUUUAUUCAUACUCACAUGAAAGUCCUGCCAAAUUAAGCUUAAAAGCUUUAACGAAAACUAAUAACAAAGAGCACCAAAGAAUACAUGUAGCCCACCGGCUGCAACACAAAGAAGUUAAGACGCAUAGGGAAACCAAUAAUUACAACAAACAAAAGCAUUAUAGGGAAAUACAAACAAAACAAAAACACAACAAAAGCUUUAAUAAAAAGAAAUUACAAAACAAGCGAUCUCGUCGUGAGACCGAAGAAGAAAUCCAAAGUAUACAACCCAGCAAUGAGAGUACAAAAGCUUUUGCUAACCAAGAGCUAACCACCUUACCGAUAGUGCUGACAGAAAGCUCUGUGGUAACUGCUAUGAGAGAAGAAUCUCCUGCACUUUACCUAAAUGAGACUUUAGUCAAGCAUUCUUUGCCAGCUGCUAAAACUAAACGUUCUCAUUCGAAUGUUAGAGUACCGGUAGAGGUUCUAAAUAAACCCAAGGAAUCUAUGGUUAUUAUAGAUGACGGCGAGGAGUUUGAGGGUGCAGCAGAGCGCCAAAGAGAAUAUGCUUCGAUGGGUCUUAUAGGGCAAGACGAUAAAAGUGAGGAUUAUUUACAUGAUGAAGAGCCUAGAGUUUUACCUUUGAGGCCGGUAUUGCCUAAUCCCUAUGAGGAUGAGGAAAUGUCUGUGGUGUAUGCCGAACAGCAUUCCGAGAUUCGUUUAAUGUGUGAGGUGGAUUUGGAUAUUGCCUCCAGUAUGUGGUACAAAAAUGGACAGGUUGUCCAUGCCAUGGAUCGCACCACCAGGGUAACGGAUUAUCGUUUUAUCAAAGAGGCUAAUGGUGCUUUAACCAUCACCAAUGUUAUGCUGGAGGAUGAUGGUAAAUGGCAAUGUGAAGCGGAAAAUACCAGACAUUAUACGGAAAAUGCACGUCCUGUAAAAUUGGUGGUUUUAGAUCGUCCAAAACCUCCUUAUUUACUAAUAGAUGGUAGACGUUUAGAUGCGGGCAAUAUUUUUGUACCGGUGAAGGAAAAUUCGGAACUGAAUUUGGCUUGCAUAAGUGAAGGUGGCAAUCCUAAGCCUACUUUAACCUGGGAGGUUUUACUAAGUCCUGGUGUAGAUCGUCAUGCUCAAAAGGUUUCGGCAGAGGUUUUAGAGUUGGAGGAGAUCAAGAGUGAAAAGGAUAAAAAUUCAUAUAAAAUUAAUAGUGGCGCCAAAAGUGAAGCACGUCUGCCAGCUGUAUAUCGGGCACAUCAUAAUGCACGCAUCUUAUGCGUUAUGGAGCAUCCCACAUUAAAAAUACGUCAGAAUGCAUCAUUGCUACUGGAUGUUCAAUAUACUCCUUCAUUUGCCAUUUCACGUACGCCAGGCUUUGGUUAUCCUUUGCGUGAAGGCAUCGAGGUUUCAUUAAAAUGUGACGUGGAUUCAAACCCGCCCAGUACGCCACGUUGGCAGAAGGAUGAUGGUGAACCACCGGUUCCACAAACUGGUGAUGGUUUUCUCAAUUUUACCUCAAUACGGCGCGAACAUUCCGGCUGGUAUAAAUGUACAUCGCGUCAUUUAAAUUUUCAAUAUUCAUCGAUUGGUUACUAUCUAAGUGUAAGAUAUGAUUCGGUAGAUGUUACGUCCGAACCCGAUGAUCAGGAUAUUUCCGUAGCGGCAGCUGCCUCUCACAAUCCCAAUAAAGGUCAACUCGAAGUACAGUUAGGCGGCGCUGUAACACUGCAAUGUCCGCAAGGUUCCUUAGGUUGUUGGUCUCAUUUAGAUCCUGUUACUGCUCGUUUGCGUGGUCUGGGUCAUGGCUUGUCUACACCUACAGGGCAAUUUUCCCUUAAAGAUGUUGUCUAUCAAGAUGCUGGCACUUAUAAAUGUAUUGGCCAAUCACCCAUAAAUAAAAAGAAAUUAGAAGUUUUACAAACUGUAGGCGUUACGGUUAAAGGCUUUCCCACAGUUGUGGCACGCAAUUCCACUCCAGUAGCCUAUCCUGGUUCUCCUUUACAUUUGUCGGUAGAAUUUUGUGCCAAUCCUCCGGCCCAUGCCGCCAGAUGGCUGCACGGUGAUCGUGUCUAUACCCCCGGCAAUCAAUAUGGCAGCACUGUCUUGGCCUAUGGCGUAACGGACUUACCCACCCCCUUUUGUAAAGAAGCCCGCCUUACUUAUGUCAGCAUGCAUGAACGUGUGCCACGUACUUUCUACUUCAUAGUCUCCUCACCGGGUGGUGUGGCCGAAACGAUUAUAAAAGUUAAUUUCACCAUGCGUUAUCGUUCCAUAUCGAAUGCCAUCGAUGAGGAGGAAGAAGAACUAAGUGAACCCGAAGAAAUACAUUUUCCUGUUUUUGGCAAGGCCUCUCUACCAGUUAUAAAUUGUUGGCUUUUAGCCAUAAUAUGGUUUAGUUAUAAAUUUUAGAAAAUUAUUAUAAAACUUUAAACUAAAAGAGAUGUCAUCUUUCAAACCCCCCAAAAAAGGCCUGUAAAAUAUUUGAUUUAAGUUUUUGUUUUAAUUUCAGUUUUAAGCCAUAAAGCUAAAAUCUAAACUCGUAUUGCAAAUAAAGAAAAAUUUUAGAUUUAAUAACAAAUAUAUAAGCAACCCCCCCAAAAAAUAACUGUGUCUAUUAUUAACUAACUUAAAAACUAAACAAAAAUUUAAAAAAAAAAACCUUUAAAACUUUAAAUGUUAGUUAUUAUCUGUUUUAAGUUCUUAAGCCUAAAAUUAGGCUUUAGUUUUUUUUUGUCUUAAAAUUAAACAUUAUAAAAUAAUGUUUAUUUAAGAAAAACUUAAUUUUUGUAUAAAAUAUUCU